UUGUGAUUUGAAUCAAUCACUUUGGGAUACAAUUGGUUGUUGCGAUGGCUGACCAUAAGAUUCAGACACAAAAUGAACACAAUUUGGACAAAACUGGCGAAACUUCCGGUGAUAUCAAGAAGUCCUUCGACAUUGAACUGGUCUGUGAGGCCCUCCAGAGGUGUAUUGAAGACAAAAAUGCCAUCGAUUUGACCCAUUAUUUGCGCGGAUUUACUGAACUCUUGAGGUUUUUCAAUCUGUUGGGCAAAGUGUUUGUCUUUGUGGCCAACGAUGUCGAGUCAAAAAUCAAUAUAUUGGACGUGUAUUUAAAAGAGUCUGAAAACGGACAUCAAUAUCAAACAUUACAGUCGAUGAUCGCCUACGAGAAGACAAGUAAUUUGCUAAAGAUUGACAUUUCAAAGAGACCGUCGGGUGCGCGAACACUACUGAGACUGCAUCGGGCACUGGAGUUUGUCGCACAGUUUAUGCUUGAGGUUAGCCGACUGGACGAUGAUAAGGGAACGGCUGAAGUGGCCCGUCUUUGCUAUAAACGUACGUUAGCUAAAUACCAUCCGUGGGUUAUUAAACAAUCGGCAUCGCUAGCCAUGUAUACACUGCCAUAUCGGUAUCAGUUAGUCCAACGGGCCUACGGCGGUACUGUACCGUCAUCCAUGUCUUCAGUAACCAUAUCCGAUAGUAUGAAUAGGUUAGCAGUGAUUGCCGACGAAGUUUUUCACGCCACUGAAAAACUUUUCGAUGAACACGAUUUGCUUGAUUUACCAUAAAUUUGCUAAAAACAUAUGUUUUCAGCAAAUAUGUCAAAUCAAACAAUGGUAUAAAAAAAAAUCAACCUCUUCUACCCCUUAGUUAUCAAAUAUAUCUUUUAUAUAUAUAUAUUAU